AUGUCUAAGAAAUCUCAUAGAGGUAAUUUGUCUCAGUUUGGUCUAAUAGAUAUCCCAGAUGUGGAUAUAGAUGAACCAAUGGAUCUCUCAGAUGAUGAUAUUGAUGUGGAAGCAGAAUUGGCUGCUAUUAGUGGUGGCCGCAAACCAAGACCCAAGAAACCAGCACCUGCUGCCCCAUCAGACCUUGAUGCUAUGAUUGCUGCUAGCUUAAAAGAUAUUCCAUCAGAUGAGGAUGUUUCAGGAGAUGAAGAUGAUCCAGACCUGCUGAAUGAAUUACAAGAAUUGGCUAUUGAUGAUGAAUCACCUCAAGAGCGUCCCCGUACUACCCGUCCAGCACCCCCGCCUCCAUCCAGCAGUGACAACAGCACAGUUAAUUUAUUGCAAGAGAGAAUAUCUAAUUAUACUAUAGCUGAGAAAAGUGCUAAAGCAAAUGGUGAAAGCAGUAGAGCUAGACGAUUUGGUCGUGGUCUUAAAACUCUAAAUGAUUUGCUCAAACAAGCAAAAGCAGGAAAACCGAUAAAAGAAGAAGACAUUCCACCAGCAGUCAGUCUUGGGAAGCCCGAUUCUCAACCUGCGUCUGAAGUUGCUCCAGUUCCACCUCCUCGAUUGACUUCCAUACCGACCCCAGAAGAACAGCCAACACCUCCAACACCCCCAAAACGCCAGCAACCCCCAACACCCCCCGAACCUAAAGAGCCACCCCCACCACCCCCUGCAGCUGAAGAUAUGGAUCCCGCUAAGGCAGAAGGAUUACAAUUUAUAUUAAAAAGAAAGGAAGAAUUUAAAGCUGCAGCAUUAGCGAGUAAACAUGCAGGGGAUAAGGUUUUGGCAUUGGAAUAUUUGAAGGUGGCAAAACAAUUCGAUAUUGUAAUAGAUGCAUACAAAUCUGGACAAGAUAUGGAUAUGAGUGAACUUCCAACUCCUCAAAUGAUUGCUUCAGCGUUCAAAAAUCAACAGAAGGAAGAGGGUCAAGUACAGAAUUCUGCUGAGCCCACACCAGAAUCUGCUCCUGAGCCGGCAGGAUUGAUAACGGCGUCUUCAAUGGAUGAGGCUUUGAAACAAAGGCUUGCUCAUUUUCAGGAGCAAGAAUCGAAAGCCAAAGAGGAUGGGAACACAUCCAAAGCACGUCGUAUGGGCAGAAUAGUGAAGCAAUACCAGGAUGCGAUCAAGAUGAAUGCCGCCGGCAGACCCAUACCGGUGGACGAGUUGCCGACGCCCAAUGGUUAUGCGCCAUUACCUAAUGAGCAAGCCCCCCCCCGCCCCGCAGCCCUCCCCCUCCCCCUCCCGCGCACCCUCCUCCACCCCUCCACCCCCUCCCCCGCCGCGCACGCCGCCACGCGAAACGACAAGCAGCUGGCGUUGCUGCUGCACAGACAGAAGCAGUUUAAAGAGGCAGCUAUAGCCGCUAAGAAGAAUGGUGACAUAGAGCAAGCGAAGGAAUACCUUCGAGCGGCGAAGGGCUUCGACUCGGUGAUAGAGGCGGCGCGCGGCGGACUCCUGGUGGACUUGAAGUCCAUACCACUUCUGCCAUCAGCCAAGAAACAAGUUGACGACACCUUCGACGUGAUAUCGACCGAGGAAUGCGUUCCGGAGGAGGACGUGUCGUCCAGUGUGUCGGACCCGGACGUGACGACGCGCCUGCACCAGCAGCUGUCCAACCAGCUGCGGCAGUGCCUCGCCCGCCGCGAGCACUGCCGGGCGAUGGGCAGCGUGGCCGAGGGCAACCGCUUCGACCACCUCGCGCUCGCCGUCAAGCAGGACCUGGAUGUGGUGGCUGUGGCCAAGGCUUUAGGCAACAACCCACCAAAAUUCCAUUAUGAAAAUCGCAAGUUCUCCAUCGUUCAAUGUAAUACGGACCUUAACGAGAACGAGCUAGAGCUGACAAUCGUACGCGGCAUCGCCUACAACGUGCCCAAUCCUAAGGAAGUAGAUACAUAUGUGAAGUUCGAAUUCCCCUAUCCACAAGAUGCCCCAGUCUCAGACAGGACCCAGUGUAUAAAAGACACGAACAGCCCGCAGUACUCGGCGGUGUUCCCUCUCGCCAUACAGCGCAACGCCCGCGCCUGCCUUAGAGUGUUCAAACGACAUGCAAUCAAGUUUGAGAUAUAUUCUAGAGGCGGGUGGUUCAGCCGGGACACGCUCCUGGGGACUGCUAGCGUCAAACUCGCGCCUUUGGAGACCCAGGUCACCUUUCACGAGGCAGUCCCGGUUAUGGACGGUCGUAGACCCGCUGGGGGUUCUCUGGAAGUGAAAUUACGCGUGCGUACUCCACUGGUACAACAGCAAAUAGAAAACACCACACAACGAUGGCUCGUCAUAGACAAC